AUGGCCGCCCCCUGCCCUCCCAUCGGGCACUCCGGCAAGUACUACACGCUAUUGUCCAACGGGACAUGCGUGCGGGACUCCAGCUUCUUCGGGGGCAAGGCGGUGCUCAACCAGGGCGUUGGAUACUCCGUCAUCCUGGGCUUCGGCGCCUUCUUCGCCUUCUUCACUUCGUUCCUGGUGAGCGCCACGCCCCACCUCCGUCCCUCACCUUCCAACCUCCUUUCCAUCCGAUUCUUUCCUGGUCUUGUGAGAGAGUACAGGCUGCGGUUGCCUUGGGAUUUCCUGUUUGUUUGGGAGAGCUUUCCUUCCCGCGGCUUGAGGGCUGGAAAGGAAGAGCAGUAGGGAUCGGGUGCUCCUGCCUUCUUCCGGCCUUCUUCCUGGGCCAGAGCCUCUGAGGAAUUCUGGGCAUCAUCUACCAGGCAACAUCGGUGUAGGUUUUCCCUGGUUCGAGCAUUACGUCGAACAUAACAUCUGUCCAAGUCAAGUUCAUCUUGUCCAAGAUUACAUUUGAGCAAAAGUAGUAGCCCACACAGGUCUAUGACAGUUGAUCAGACACUCCCCUGAUGGGGGAGGUUUCUGUAAAUCAAUACAAAAUCGCAACUUGACAAAGAGUUUAAAAUAUCGUCACACCUCUCCUAUAAAACAGCGAGUAGCUCUUCCGUACCCGUUGACCUUAACCCACAACUAGGGCUCCUACGUAAGAAGGCAGGUGGGGGUUGAAUCUUGGCCUUGGACUUUAUAUAUUCCAUAGUCAGCGCAUCUGUGGGUGGCUGUGCAGUCGAUCCACUUGCUGGUUGUCAAUUCCCCCAUUGUUAAUACCGGGCGAGGGCCGUUCUUCAACACCUGAUCCGGCUUUUGAGGGGGAGGGUGUGGGUAGGAGAGAGAGGAGGGGUCCUCAAAAUAUCCCAAGUAUCCCUCUUUGAUAUUAAAAAAAGGUGGCUGGUCAUAUUUUAAUGUUCUUCAAUUUUUUCUGGUCAACAAUCCUGCGUUGGUAAGUGUUCGCUCUUAGUUUUCAACGAGAGCUGUCUAGGAAAGUCAACCGGACCCGAAAUAUACUCAGAUUAUUAUUUAGGGGCAAAUAUAUUUUUUUGAGGUAUUAUCUCAUUAUCUCUGCUAUGCUUUGCCUCGUAUUAGGUGCAUUAUUUUUUAGGAAAAAUAAUCAUAUUCUUUUUUCUAGUAAUUGAAAUACGAUGAAAACUAUGCCCCUGUCAUCGUUAAUUUCAUUGGUUCCUCACCCCACUUGGGGUUUCCUUCACAUCAGCAUCGUCAUUAUUGGGUGUCCAAAUCAUUUUAUAAUAGUAGUAAUAAUAAUAUUAAUAUAUGAUUGGAACGGAUGAAAUAAAUUAAGCGAAUAAGAUAUGUUACUGAUAAAUAACUCCAUAGAUGUGUUAUUUACAUUUUAUGCGACUAUUACAGUAGCAAAUAAGUUAUAGUUUUAGAAAAGUCAACCGAAGGAACUUUCAAAUCUCUUUGAGCCGGUCCCAACGAUCCAUGGUCAACGAGGGCCCGCAUAAAACCCUAUACCGACCUUCUCGGGCAGUAGCUAAGCUCGACUAAGAUCUCUUCCCAUGGGCGACUAAUGACUGCGGUAAAUGGACAAAAUCCGAAGGGUUUUCUGCUGACUUUCUUCCCGCUGAUUUUCCUGCUGCUGUCUGCCCGCGUGCUCAGGUCUGGAUAGAGAAGCGUUAUGUUGGAGCUCGCCACACCUCGGAGUGGUUCAACACAGCUGGUAGGAACGUUAAGACGGGGCUGAUUGCCAGCGUUAUCGUCUCCCAGGUAAUGAUAAUAAUCAUAAUAAUAAUAAUGAGUUUAUUUUGUUUUCCGUUUUUAGAGUAAGAUCAGUGAAUAAUUUGGUUAUUUUUCUUCUCUCGAUUUGGUGUUGCAGUGGACUUGGGCUGCGACGAUCUUGCAAAGCUCGAACGUCGCCUGGCAGUAUGGGAUCAGCGGCCCCUUCUGGUACGCCAGUGGUGCUACCAUUCAGGUCUGUACUCUCUCUCUCUCUCUCUCUCUGCACGAACCCUUCCUUGGUAGAGGGGGAGGAGGGUGUGUAAUCCUCCUAGUUCCUGUGGAGCAGGUGCUUCUGUUUGGAGUCAUGGCGAUAGAGAUAAAGAGGAAGGCGCCGGGGGCUCACACCGUCUGCGAAAUCGUGAAGGCGAGGUAAGAGAGAUAAAGUUCCCGUCUUUCAUGGCGCAAUCGGGGAGAGGGCGAGUGUGAAACCAAACCGGGGCUUCUUCUUCCUUGGGCAGGUGGGGAACGGCGGCGCACAUCGUCUUCCUCAUCUUCUGCUUCAUGACCAACAUCAUCGUCACCGCCAUGCUCCUCCUCGGCGGCUCCGCCGUCGUGAACGCUCUCUCCGGUGUCAACAUCUACGCCGCGAGUUUCCUCAUCCCUCUCGGCGUGGUGGUCUACACGCUGGCCGGAGGCCUCAAGGCCACCUUCCUCGCGAGUUACAUCCACUCCGUCAUCGGUAAGUCUGCUUCUCCCCAUCCAUCCUCCCUCCUUCGUCUUCUUGUCAGUGUCAAGGUUUUUACGGCUUUAGGGUUUUUAGAUUGUCUCUGAUCAUCGUCGUCUUCCUCCUGACAGUUCACAUCGCGUUGGUGAUCUUCAUCUUUCUGGUUUACACCUCGAACAGCGAUCUCGGGAGCCCAAAGGUGGUGUACACUCGCCUCCUGGAGGCCUCCAGCCGGAAUCGAGUGUGCCAGGAGCCGCUCACCCACCCCGGGCAGAACUGCGGCCCGGUGAGCGGCAACUUCCAGGGCACCUACGCCACCAUGCUCAGCUCCGGUGGCCUCGUCUUCGGCAUUAUCAACAUCGUCGGCAACUUCGGCACCGUCUUCGUCGACAACGUAAACUCUCCCUCCCUGCAACUCUUCUGCGACUCCCUGAAUCUUUUCGAGGAAUCAGAAGAGGAAACCCUUAUAUUAUUUCUGGUGGUGGUGGUGGCGCAGGGUUACUGGAUCAGUGCCAUCGCGGCGAGGCCGUCGUCGACCCACAAAGGGUACCUGCUGGGGGGACUGGUCUGGUUCGCGGUGCCCUUCUCCCUGGCGACGUCGUUGGGGCUGGGGGCUGUGGCGCUCGACCUCCCCCUGACCAAGUUCGAGGCUGACCAGGGCCUCGUCCCCCCCGCCACCGCCAUCGCCCUCAUGGGCAAGGGCGGCUCCAUCCUCCUCCUCACCAUGCUCUUCAUGUAAGCGCCCCUAUGCUCUUCUUCUUCCAGGGUUCCUGCUCCUCCUUCUAGGAUCUCCCUCUGAAUAAAUAAGCCAUCUUUUUUAAUGAAUCCUGACGGUGGUGUUGGCGCCGGGUGAUUCAGGGCGGUGACCUCGGCGGGGUCGGCGGAGCUGAUCGCGGUGUCGUCGCUGUGCACGUACGACAUCUACCGGACGUACAUCAACCCGAAGGCAGACGGGAAGCAGAUCCUCAAGGUCUCGAGGGUCAUCGUCUUCCUCUUUGGAUGCUUCAUGGGGGUCCUGGCGGUGCUGCUCAACAAGGCCGGCGUGUCCCUCGGCUGGAUGUACCUCGCCAUGGGCGUCUUCAUCGGCUCCGCCGUGAUGCCCAUCGCUUUCCUCCUCCUCUGGCGCAAGGCCAACGCCACAGGGGCCAUCGCCGGCACCGUCUCCGGCUGCCUGCUCGGCGUCAUCACCUGGCUCUCCGUGACCAAGGUGCAGUACGGGCGCGUGAACCUCGACACCACCGGGCGCAACGCACCCAUGCUCGCCGGCAACCUCGUCUCCAUCCUCUCCGGGGGACUGAUCCACGCCGUCCUCAGCUUCGCCCGCCCGCAGAACUACAACUGGGAGUCCUCCAAGCAGAUCACCACAGUGGAGCAGGACAAGAGCGACCUCCCCGACGAGGAGUUCAAGGAGGAGAAGCUCGUCCACGCCAAGCGCUGGAUCAUCAAGUGGGGCCUCCUCUUCACCGUCAUCAUCGUCGUCCUCUGGCCCCUCCUCUCCCUCCCCGCCCGUACGUCAGACAAUAACCAUCUCUCUCUCUCUCUCUCUCUCUCUCUCUCUCUCUUCCUUUCUCUCUCUAACUAAGGGCUUCUUCUGCUUGGUCUGUGCAGGGAAGUACAGCUUGGGGUACUUCACGUUCUGGGCGAUCAUCGCGAUCGCGUGGGGGACGAUCGGGUCGGCCGUGAUCAUCGUGCUGCCGCUGAAGGAGAGCUGGGAGACGAUCGAGAAUGUGUUCAUGGGGAUGUUCACCAACGACGCGCUCAUGGCGAAGAUCGAGGAGAUGAACACCCGCAUGCACGCCAUCCUCGUCUCCUUGCCCGACGCCCAGCAGAUCUACCUCCUCGAGAAGGAGAAGGCCAAGCGCGACGAGGCCCUCGAGAGCAAGGCCGCCGCCGCCGCCGCCGUCACCGAUUCCAACUGA